GGUAACAAUGAUUGUUUCCAUCAAACCAGAAGCUAAUUUCAUGUAUGUGUAGAAAAUGGCCCCUCGAAAACGGUGUAGAUCUGUCAAAGCGAUUAAUAAAGAUUAUAACAAAUUAAGUUUAAAUGACGUGUUAUGCCCGAUAUGUAGAAACAUUUUGUUGGAACCGGUAUCACUUCCGUGUAACCACGGCUUUUGCUUGCCUUGUUUUGAAGGUACAGUAGCGAAUUCAAACCUUACCUGUCCACUAUGUAGGAUAAGAUUCGCCUCUUGGCAUCGAAUAGCCACUAAAGAGAACAAAAUUGUCGACGAGAGUCUUUGGCUGGCCAUCAAGAAACUCUUUCCCCAUUUGAUACAAAAUCGAAUCAAUGGAGUUGACAAUAACAUACCACAAGAAAACUUGAUUAAAUUAGCUGCCCCGGGAGAUAUUAGAAAGGAAUACGAAGAAGAGAAACGAAAAGAUUUAUUAGAAAUAGAGAAACAAAGAAUCGCUGAAGUGAAAGCUAGCGAGGAACUUAUAAACAAAAUUUGUAAAGAGGAAGCUUUUGCAAACAAUUUAAAACAAGAAACGUUACGUAAAGACGAAAAAAUAGCCAGGCAGCUAAGCGAACAGUUGAAUUCAAAACUUUCUCAAUUAAAUGUAUCGAAAAAAAUUAAACCAAUAGAGAAAUUUUUGGUUAAAUCACCCACGAAAAAAGACAUCAUCAAUUCAAGUAGUAAUAAAAAGCACGUUACUAAAGUUUUAUGCCAAGAUAAGACUCAUCCUAAAUACGUAAUAAGCACCAAACAUAGUCACGAAGAUAAACAUAAUAAAAACGGUUUAAUUAACGUUCAAAAAGAUAUCGUUUUACCUUCUAAUUAUUAUUUUCAACCAAUUGAAAUCAUUAAAACAUCUUCACAUAUUUCACCUAUUAGAAUACCGGUUAAACAACAAAGAACAAAUGUGAUCAAAAUAGUAGCUCCUAAAUUAUCAACAUCAUUUACAUCAAAUGUAAUCUCAGCUUUUGCAAAAGUUUGUGAUUCACCAUCAACAAUAAUAGAAUGUCAAAGUUUGAGUAAAGAAAAAGAAGAGCAAAUCAAAAAACCUUCAGGGAAAAAACGAAAAUUACGUAGUGAAAGUUCAUUAGAACAAGAUCAAAAUGUUGUACAAAAAAAUGAUUUGUCACCAUCGAAAAUAACCUGUCAAAGAAAAAGUAUAAGAUUGUUGGGUAUGCAACCGGAAUUGGAAAUUCUUCCGUUUCGGGGUUUUGAAAGUACAAUGAAAAAUUCCAGCGAAACGAAUUUGGCCAAAAAUAACGCUGCCAGGAUGGAACAAGAACGUAAAGAUUUAGAAUUUGCGAAACAAUUACAAGAGGAAUUGGAUCAAAUGAGAUGGUAUAGUACAAGGAGUACUAUUCCGAGGAAUAGCGCUUAUUGUAAGAAACAAAGGCAAAUUAAAUUGGAUGAAAUUAUAAAAUGUAGAAGUAAGGUUAAGUAAAAAAAAUAAGUUGGUGUUUCUCUA